GCAGGGUAUUUUGGUAAAUGCAAAGACAUUUUCUCCAGAAAAUGAACCGGCAGUAGUAAGCUGGACAGACAUUUCAGAUGGAAACGAUGGCUUCCUCCACGCGUUCCCUGUGCGUGGGACUCGCCACAUCGCCUUCUCCUCGGGUAAUUUUGUCGUCCACUGGUCCUCUGAUUCGCCGGAGAUGCCAUAUCCCGAUGCUCGGAUCUGGGUCGCCGAUCAUUUGUGGGAUGUCGAUUAGUUGCUCGUUAAGCCCUAGAAACGACGCCAAGACCCUACGAACUUGCAAGAACUGCAAAACCCAGUUCGACCCGGUUCUCAAUCAUCCUAGUGCUUGCAGAUUCCACACUGCACAUUACGGAGGUGAGACCAAGAGGAAGUUCGAGAGCGUGCACAGCGGGGGAACCAUGAGCACACCGGACGCCGGCCGAGUUUUCCAGUAUUGGCAUUGCUGUGGGGCUGAGGAUCCCUUUGAUCCUGGCUGCACCGCCUCUCCUCACCAAUCUUAUGAUGAUUGAUUGAUUGAUUGACGGCGGCAGGGGUUCACGAGCCUUGCUUGAUGAUUCCACAUUUUGUGCAGGAUGAAUCUUUCAAUUAUUCACAUAAAUAUGCAAUUGCAAAGUUAAUGAAAUAUUCUUUCCUUAUUGUCACCUUCAUUGUUUAUGUAGUUCAAUUCAUGUUAAUUUCGUUGUACCUAGA